CUAACCCCUGUCUCCUCUCCUCCAGACCCCCUAGCCAGCCUUCAAGAUGGAGGAGGAACAGUGCUUCUACAAUGAGUCCAUUGCCUUCUUCUACAACCGCAGUGGAAAGUACCUGGCUACAGAGUGGAAUACCGUCAGUAAGCUGGUGAUGGGGCUGGGUAUCACAGUAUGUAUCUUCAUCAUGCUGGCUAACUUGCUGGUCAUGGUGGCUAUAUACGUCAACCGCCGCUUCCACUUCCCUAUUUACUACCUGAUGGCCAACCUGGCCGCCGCGGACUUCUUUGCCGGCCUGGCGUACUUCUACCUGAUGUUCAACACGGGCCCGAACACGCGACGCCUCACGGUGUCCACGUGGUUGCUCCGACAGGGUCUCAUCGACACGUCCCUCACGGCGUCCGUGUGUAACCUCCUCGCCAUCGCCAUCGAGCGCCACAUCACCGUUUUCCGCAUGCAGCUGCACACGCGCAUGUCCAACCGGCGUGUGGUGGUGGUGAUUGUAGUCAUCUGGACCUUGUCUAUCGUCAUGGGAGCCAUCCCGUCGGUGGGGUGGAACUGUAUCUGUGACAUCAGCACGUGUUCUAGCAUGGCGCCGCUGUACUGUAACUCCUACCUGGUGUUCUGGGCCGUAUUCAACCUGGUCACCUUCCUGGUCAUGGUGGUGCUGUACGCUCACAUCUUUAUGUACGUGAGACAGAGGACCAUGAGGAUGAGCAGACACAGCUCUGGACCACGCAGGAACAGAGACACCAUGAUGAGCCUGCUGAAGACUGUCGUCAUCGUAUUGGGUGCGUUCAUCGUGUGCUGGACUCCAGGCCUGGUUCUCAUCCUCCUCGAUGUGUUCUGUGCCAACUGUAACGUCCUGGACUUUGAGAAGUUCUUCCUGCUUCUGGCUGAGUUCAACUCUGCUAUGAACCCCAUCAUCUACAGCUACCGGGACAAGGAGAUGAGCGCCACCUUCAAGCAGAUCCUGUGCUGCCAGCGCCAGGAGAAUGUUAACGGGACGGCAGCCGAGGGCUCCGACCGCUCAGCCUCCUCUAUCAAUCACACCGUGAUGAGUGGAGGGAAAAAAAACAAUGAUCACUCAGUGGUCUGA